AUGGAGUUCCAACUCGCAGCUGAUCACAUGCACAACUCUUUCACUCUCGGUGAGAAACAACUAGCCAAGGAUUUAUCCGAGUCAUUUUACCUCGAUGAGCUUCCUCGAGCUGUCAGUUUUGUCUAUAUUCGUCGGCCAUUCGUCCAACUAGCCGAGGUCUUGAACGAAGCGCAAUCCUAUGUUCAAACUCACACCAAAGAGGAUCUUCGAAGACUGGUUCUCUACUGCGACACUAUAAAUCUUACCGAAGGUCUCGUAGUUGGGUAUAAAGACUCGGAGAAAAGCCUUGACCUACGAGUCUUUGCCCGCAAGGUCGAAUGUCGGGAUGCCAGUCAAGCCCUUCAUAUGCAUUUCUCAGAAGACUGCCAGCUCGAGUUCUACACAUACGAGCUCAAAAAGGGCUUCACCGCGCACCUUGAGUUCGGUGAUGGUUCCAUCAGACAGCUUCCACUGUCCAUUGCCCCCGAAAGCUGGGGUAUUACUGUCAACUGGACUGGUGAGAAGUUUCUUUUUGUGCACCAUGACUCAACUGCUUUGGACAUGACGACAGCAAAUUACUUGAACAGGAUCAUGAGCGACGGAACCUUGGAAAGAGGUAACUUCAUCGAAAACAACGACAAUUUACCCAGGCUCGUUAUGUACCAAUUUCUUGUCGCCGCCACAAUCAUGAAGAUCAAUCCCAAGCUUGCAUUAGAAAUUCUGAAUUGGGUUUGCAAUUUGAGUGCCCAUGAGAGCAGUGCCGCCUUGAACAUACAAGCUUGUUCUCUACGAAACAGUCUCGUUCUUUCGCAGGAACGAAAGGUCUUCAACGUGCCUUCGGUUAACAUUUACGCAAGCAAGCAAGUUCUCGAAUCGCGACUGGCAGCUAGUACAGCCUUUGAGCAAGCUUUCCAGAAUUUCGCGGCACAGGAUCGAGCUUCAGCUGCUGUUCUUGGACAAACAGUGAAUCUCAUCGCCAAGAGUGAGGACGCCAUGUCAGAGUAUGCAUUCCUCGAGGAUCUCGCUCAGAAAGCCUACUCUUCAGCCCAAUCAGCCAGAGAAGUUGCAUUCAAACGGUAUGAUCAGAACAACACAGACUUGGUUCCUCUCCAGAAGGAGUUCAGCAAAGGACUUGAAGAUUGGUGCACAAAGCAGAAGAUCGAAGCUGCCAAAUCUGUAUUCUCUGCUUGCAUUGGCACAAUAGGGGCCAUUACUGCGACUGUGGCCUCUGGCGGUCUUGCCGCUCCCAUUAUUCCUGCUGCCGCAGGGAAAGCUGUGGACACUGUCGGCAAAGUUGCCAAGAUCAUCAACACCAUCAAGGAGGUGGUCGAAAAAAUCAAGAAGAUAUAUGAGAAGCUGAAGCCAAUCUUGGAAAAGCUGAAAAAGCUUUCCGAGGCAAUCCAGGCUGUGGUCGCAGCUCUCAACGCAUCUAAAACCCUGGAGGAAAACACUGCGCUUCAACGGCCUGAUAUGAACUUGGACAUUUAUAAUGCUACAGCUCUGUGGGACAUCUUUCGGGAAAAGGUUGAUCAGAUCGAGACUACAGUGGCUUCCAUUGACUUCGCAGCUAAGGAGAAGUAUUUCUUUGCUCUGCGUACGCUGGUCAUCAACGGCAAGACAUACUUGCAGACGCAGGAAAAUCUCUGCCAGCGAGGUAAUGAGCUGGCGCUCGUUCUGCUCAAAGUCAAGCUCCAGCACAAGGACAAACAGCGGUUGACAUUAUCAGCGACUGCUACAGAGCAACAAGGCGCUGUUUUGGAUCUUCUCAAGCGAGCCAUGUUUGAUCGUCUUCUUUCCAUUAGAUCACUUGUCUUCCUUGACUUUUACAUGUACUCGGAAGCUUACAUGUUCCAUACAUUGACUGACAAACCUCCCGUUAAUAUUUCACCUGUCAAACCUGUGCUUGAUUACCUGGAAGACGCUGCUAGGUUCCAAGGUAAUGUUGCAGCCUUCGGAUCACGGGUCAUGGUGCAGCAGCGAAAGUUCAGCGUCUUGACUUGCGGUGAUGCUGUCAACACUUCGGGCUUGAGAGAUAGGCUGCUCAAGAACGAGCCUGUUUGUGUAUCUUUCAAUCCAGGCGAUGCCAUGUUUGCGGGCUUCGCUCGCAUUCGGGUUUCUAGGGCCCGAUGUUAUCUUGAAGGGGUUUCUAUGACUCCGAAUCUGGACGCGACAGGCGAGAACGCUGGUAUUCGACUCUUCUUAAAGACCUCUGGGAGAUUCUAUGACAUUAGUCUUCCAGGGCGAAAAGGCGACGCGGCCCCUUUCAAUGCAUUUGUCGGAGAUGCUCGGACUCUUCUCUUCGAGUACAAUGUAGGUGAUCAGUCAAUCGUCUGCGAUGGUGAGUAUGGGCAAAGCCUGGAUUAUACGCGGCACAGUUCUUUGACUGAAUGGGAAUUGUCGGUUGGUACUGGCGGAUUGCAGGCGAGUGACCUCGACUUGAGUGGUUUGAAGGGCAUCCGUAUGGAAUUAUGGUGUGAUAUCACUCUCAAGAUUUAA